UUUCAUCAAACGUCAAAGUUUUCUGGUUUUCAAAAACUCACUCUUUUUAAAGUCUCGCUUGUGUUUUCGAUCAGAUCUCUAGAGCCGAGUCCGAGAUCUUCGAUUAAGCAAGGAAAUGGCUGCUGAUGGGAGGUCCAACGUUAAAAUUGCUGAAGGAGAGUUCGGUUACGUUCUCGAGGAUGUUCCUCAUUUGACCGAUUACAUCCCAAAUCUUCCAACAUAUCCUAAUCCAUUGCAGAAUAAUCCAGCUUAUUCAGUUGUUAAGCAGUAUUUCGUUAAUGAAGGUGACACUGUUCCUCAGAAGGUUGUUGUUCAGAAGAAUAGUGCAAGAGGAACCCAUUUUCGACGAGCUGGACCCCGUCAGAAGGUGUAUUUUCAGCCAGAUGAUGUGAACGCGUGCAUUGUAACAUGUGGAGGUCUCUGCCCGGGCCUCAAUACUGUGAUUAGGGAAAUAGUGUGCGGCCUAUGCCACAUGUAUGGUGUUAAUGAAGUUUAUGGUGUAGUGGAUGGAUACAAGGGUUUUUAUGCUCGUAAUACUGUUACCUUGACACCAAAAAGUGUCAAUGAUAUUCACAAACGAGGUGGUACCAUUCUUGGUUCAUCACGUGGAGGUCAUGAUACCAUGAAAAUAGUUGAUAGCAUUCAGGAUCGUGGGAUUCACCAGGUUUAUAUAAUUGGAGGAGAUGGAACUCAAAAGGGGGCCUCUUUGAUUUUUGAGGAAAUUCAAAGGCGUGGACUCAAAGUCGCAGUCGCUGGAAUUCCUAAGACAAUAGAUAAUGAUAUUGCCGUAAUUGACAAGUCCUUUGGUUUUGAUACUGCUGUUGAGGAGGCCCAGAGAGCGAUCAAUGCAGCACAUGUUGAAGCUUCAAGUGUUGAGAAUGGCAUUGGCGUUGUCAAGUUAAUGGGGCGCCACAGUGGGUUCAUUGCUAUGUAUGCUACUCUCGCCAGCAGAGAUGUGGACUGCUGUUUGAUACCGGAGUCGCCUUUUUAUCUGGAAGGAAAAGGUGGACUAUAUGAAUAUGUAGAAAGGAGGCUUAAAGAAAAUGGGCACAUGGUUAUUGUCGUUGCUGAGGGUGCUGGGCAAGAGCUUAUUGCUGAAAGUACUCAUGAUCAUCAAGAUGCCUCUGGAAAUAAGCUGCUUCAUGAUGUUGGCUUAUGGUUAUCUCAGAAAAUAAAGGAUCACUUCUCUCGUAGGGGGAAGAUGCAGAUAACUCUCAAAUAUAUAGAUCCAACUUACAUGAUUCGUGCAAUUCCAAGUAUCGCAUCUGAUAAUGUCUACUGCACACUGCUGGCUCAUAGUGCCAUUCACGGAGCAAUGGCUGGAUAUACUGGUUUCACCGUUGGGCUAGUCAAUGGCAGACAUACUUACAUACCAUUUUAUAGAGUAACAGAAUCACGAAACAAGGUGGUUAUCACUGACAGGAUGUGGGCGAGGCUGCUUUCUUCUACUAACCAACCUAGUUUUCUAAGUGCUGAAGACAUUGAGGCAGCAAAGAGAGCAGAAACCACAUCAAUAUGGAGAGCGGGAAGUGGAAAAUAUACGGUUGAAGGUCAUCAUGAAACGCCUGGGGAUGAUAUACACACUGAGAACCACGGCGCUGAGAGUGAAAGUAACGGCACAGGAUCUGCGUGUUAGAAACUGACAUCAGUAAAAUGGAUCUUUUUUCCUUCCGUUCUUCCCAAAGUUUCAGCUUUUGAGCCUUUUCGUUUGAAAUCUAUAGGACUGGGUGGCGUAUUUUCCGGUACAAAUAAGAGAUGUUCUGAACUAUGACCUAUUUAAUUAUGUAGAGAGCAGAAUGAGGCCUGUAUUAUGAUUUUGGUAUUAGUUUUUGCAUCAAGAGAUGUCCUUUUGGUUUUC